GCCUGAGAGUUGGGGGAGAGUCAGCCAAACUUCUGGUCCAGAGAAAUUUAGGAGGCAAUUUCUCCUCUUCGCCAUCACAGUCUGUCAAGUUUCUCCAAGGAUCCGAGCUUUCUACGUGCCAGCCUUGGACUCUUGAGACCAAAUGUCUUCAUCUGCGGUGAAAUCUAGAAAAAUAAGUGCUUACACUGCGGUUAAAGUAGACCCCGAGAGUGACUAUUGUACACCUGGAGCGUUUGAUUUGGAGAGGCUCUUCUGGAAAGGGAGCCCCAAAUACACGCAUGUCAACGAAGUCUGGCCCAACCUCUACAUAGGAGACGAGAAAACUGCACUUGAUCGAUACAGCCUCGAGAAAGCUGGCUUCACCCACGUGCUCAACGCAGCCCAUGGACGAUGGAAUGUGGAUACGGGGCCCGGCUACUACGAGGACAUGGCCAUCCAGUACCAUGGAGUGGAGGCAGACGACCUUCCCACCUUCAACCUGAGCCAGUUCUUCGACUCUGCUGCAGAGUUCAUCCACAAAGCACUCCAGGAUGAGACCAACAAGAUCUUGGUCCACUGUGCCAUGGGGCGUAGCCGCUCAGCAGCCUUGGUCUUAGCCUAUCUGAUGAUUUACAAGCACAUGACAGUGGUGGAUGCCAUUGCCCAGGUGCUCAAGCACAGAUGCAUCCUCCCGAACCGCGGGUUCCUGAAACAGCUCCGGGAACUGGACAUAAAGCUGGCCUUGGAAAGGAAAAACUGCACCAACAGGCUCAACGCUAGCAAAGAGGAGAAGGCCCACACAGAGAUUUAACAUUCCGUUGUUGUUGGUUUUUUUUUUAAAAAAAAGUAGCUACAAAAUAAUCAAGGAGUAUGCAACCA